AUGACAGCACCGACACCACCGGAGAAAGCGUCGCCGUCGUCAUCGCCAUCGCCGUUGCCAACACAGAAAUCGGAUUCUGUAGCAGUCGACGUCAAACCAGCAGCGUCCUGCACAACGAAUGUAAACAACAAUUCUUCGGUUGUCAUCGGAUUACUACCAACGGCUUUGGUAAGAGUAAAGCGAGCUGACGGUCAGUGGAAGGAAGUGAGAGUGAUGAUCGAUAGCGGUUCCCAAGCCUCCCUCAUCACGGAGAAUUGCGUGACCAGCAUCGGACUGCAACGAAGCAACGCUAAUUUGGUCGUCACCGGAAUCGCAAGCUGCUCGUCGGAAACCACCAGAGGAGCCGUACAAUUGGAAAUUUCGUCUCGAUUCUGCUACAGCCCUGUAGUGAAGGUGAAUGCGUAUGUGCUCUCCAAGUUUCCACAAAUCGUACCAAACCAGCGACUGGAUCGUGAACGUCUGAAAUGUUUGGAGCCGUUGCAGCUAGCGGAUCCAGAUUUUGACAAGCCCGGAAAGAUCGAUGUUAUCCUUGGAGCUGAUGUUUUCUUGGCAAUUUUGGAGGACGGCAAAGUGAAAGACGACGCGGGACUUCCUGUGGCGAUCAACUCUACGUUCGGAUGGAUCGACGCCGGUCAAGUUUUCGAUGCCAGCGAAGUCAACUGCAACACGGCCAUUGUCAGUCUCAGCAUGGACAUGGACAUCGACAAGUCCCUCCGGAAGUUUUGGGAAGUGGAGGAGGUCAACCAACCGAAGCCGUUGACACAAGAGGAGCAGCAAGCAGUGAAUAUCUUCAACACCACACACCAACGAGAGGAAUCCGGCAGAUUCACAGUACGCCUACCGUUCGAUGCAGACAAGCCGGCGUUGGGUGAAUCGCUGCCAGCGGCAGUUCAGCGAUUGAAGGCUAUGGAAGGAAGAUUUGCAAGAGAUCCUGAAUUCAAGCGAAUGUAUGGCGAUUUCAUGGCCGAGUACUUGAACCUUGACCACAUGGAGCGUAUUCCCGACGACGAGGUGAACGUUGCACCCGAGAAAUGCUUCUACCUCCCACAUCACGGUGUCAUGCGGCAGGAAAGCGUCACCACCAAGUUGCGAGUCGUUUUCGACGGCUCUUGUCGAUCGUCGACUGGAAUAUCGUUGAAUGAGAAGCUGCUGAUCGGACCCAACGUCACUGAGGACCUGCCUGUCGUGCUGACCCGUUUUCGAAGUUACGCUUUCGCCUUCAUGGCGGACGCGGAAAAAAUGUACAGACAGGUAAGGAUACAUCGAGACGACGUCGACUACCAGCGUAUCGUAUGGAGAGCGGACCCCGAUAAGCCCAUCGAACACUACCGAUUGCUGACAGUAACAUACGGGACUUCUUGUGCGCCGUUUCUAGCCAUCGAGUCGUUGCGACAAGUUGCCCGUGAUUCUCGUACGCAGUAUCCAAAUGCAGCAGAUCGUGUGCUGAAAAACUUUCAUGUAGACGAUUUUCUCUCUGGUGCUGCCACAUUGGAGGACGCACUCGAAUUGAAGGAGGACAUUGAUCAGGUUACAUCGGGUGCAGGUUUUCAUCUCCGGAAAUGGUCGGCAAACGAUCCACGGCUGUUGGAGGAGAAUGCAAGCGAUGCCGAAGCGUCAGUUCCUGUGCAUCUUCAUCCAGAAGCGGAUUCCGUGAAAGCACUGGGCAUACACUGGUACCCAGUCACCGACUCGUUUGGGUACCGGGUGAAUUUUGACAUCGACAAGCCAAACACGAAGCGCCAACUCCUAUCGGAUUCAGCUCGACUUUUCGAUCCUUUGGGUUGGAUCUCGCCGAUAAUUGUUCGCAUCAAGAUCCUGUACCAAACACUGUGGCUGCAGGACUUGCAAUGGGAUGAUCCGUUGCCGGCUGCCAUCAAUCAGGAAUGGAACAAAAUCAAGACAAGCUUGGCAUCAAUCGAGGAUAUCCGGAUUCCAAGAUGGAUCGUGAAUCAUCUGGGAGCAGUGCAGCUGCACGGCUUCGCCGACGCGUCAGCGUCGGCCUAUGCAGCAGUCGUCUACGCUAGAUCCAAGGACAGGGACGGCAAUGUGUGCAUUUCGCUGGUCGCAAGCAAAACCAAGGUGGCUCCAAUCCAGCAAGUGUCACUUCCCCGGCUCGAGUUGAAUGCAGCCGCCCUUCUUGUGGAGCUCAUGAAGCAGAUUCUCGAAUCGUUGGACCACUUGGAUGUGACAUGCUACGCGUGGACGGAUUCUACUGUUGUGCUUGGGUGGCUGACAUCCCAUCCGAAGAAAUGGAAGACUUUCGUGGCAAAUCGGACCUCGGAGAUUUUGGAUUUCUUGCCACGAAGUUCCUGGCACCACAUUUCAUCAAGCGAAAAUCCGGCGGAUUGUGCAUCUCGAGGUGUGCUGCCAACGGAGCUGGUUGACUAUAAGUUGUGGUGGACUGGCCCAUCUCUCCUGUACAGCACAGAGGACACCUGGAAAGAAAGCGCUGAAUCGAUCCCAUUUGAAGAAGACGUGACGGAGCAACGGAAGGUGGCCGCUGCAGCUACGAUUGCGGUGAAACCUGAAUCGAACUACGAAGUUGAAGAGUAUCUCCUGAAACGGAACGGGUUACUGAAGGUUUCUCAACGAGUGUUGACGUGGGUCAUCAGAUUCAAGGCCAACUUACUAUCGAAGCUGCGUGGCACCGAAAAGACUUCUGGACAACUGAAGGCAGUGGAAGUGUAUGAAGCCAAUCUACAAUUGGCUCGCUUCGCUCAGCGUGAGGUGUUUGGCUAG